AUGUCUGAAGAAGCAUGUCACGGCAGCCCAGAGGCCUCUGUGUCACUUCAGUUUUCAGACGGCCGAUUUCUUCGGCAGGUCCUGCUGGAGGCGCAAAAGAAUGGGAGCGAUCCAGAGAGUAUUUCGAAGCUUUCGCAGCUGCAAAGCAUGGGCUUUGGACCAGAAGUCGCCAGAGUUGCCCUCCAUGUCGCACAAGGCGAUGAGUGUAAAGCGCUUCAACUCUGCAUGUCUGGCUUAUCCUUCGUGGAUCCGGAAGCGGCCCUGGAGAAGUGCGCACCCCCAGCCCCACUGCGGUGCUACAUCUGUGGUCAGAAGUACUUGACGCAAAAAUCACUGGACAUGCACCUCCGAGCAUGCAGGCGCCGCUUUGAAAUGCAGGAGUCCAAGCGACCGUCACAAGAGCGGUGUCAGCUUCUGGAAGAGUGGGAGCUCCCCGCUGGCGUAGAUUGCCUGCAGAGGUAUUGCGAGAAUGUCCGCGCCAUGGGAUCUCACGCCGUUGCAACCAACUUCGAAGAUUGGGUGGAAACCCGGCAGCCCAUGCCGGAUCCCUCGAAACUAUUGCCUUGUGAGUUUUGCAAGCGAACUUUCCUUCCCUGUAGGCUUGAAACUCAUCAGAAGGUAUGUUUGCAGCGCCCCAAACAGGAACCAAGGCGGCCUGCGCGGAGGCAGACAAUGCCUGCCAGACCUCCACCGGCAGCAACCAACUCCUUCAACGCCUUUUGCAACCAGCUGCAGCGCUGUCCGGCGUGCCAGCGGCAGUUCAGGCCCGAGGUGCUUGCUGCACACCAGAAACGUUGUGUCCAAGAGCCAAGCAUACCAGCUCCACUUCGACGAACAGCAAAGUCCCCUCCCAGCAGCCCAAGCACUAAGCGGAGGAGUCAUUCUGGCCAGCCACCCGCGCUUUCCUUCACCCCUCCUAGUCGCGGCUUGCCAUCGCAAGCCUCGUUCCGCUUGAGAUGGUCACCGGAAGAAGGCCUUUCCGAAACUUCGUGUCUGCUAGACUCGGGUCUGAUAGCACGUGCUACCUCGGAAGUUGAAGGGAGGAUCUGCAAAGAACUGGCAGAGCGUUUCCAUCGCCGAGUGGCAGGGGCAUACACCGCAUCUCUGGUUCAACAAAGCGUCUACGAUGCCCUGAAAGCCACGAUGACGCAUGAGGAUCAGAUUCCGGAAGAGCGAGAUCUUUGGCACGGGACAUCAUGGAGCUUUGUGCCCAAGAUCCUCAAGCAUCUCACUUGGUUUCAUCGCGAUGCAUGCAUUCUUGUUUGGACUCUUGUCUAA